AUGAGCCCGAGGACACCCUGCGCCUCACGCACGAGCGGGUCAGUUGAGUGUGUUGGAGGCGCUGCAGCUGGCGGAAGCGUUGGCGCGCAGUCCGCGGGUGCGGCAGGGCCGCGACCGCGCCACGCCCAAGCACCACGAGUCCGAGGACACCCUGCGCCUCACACACGUGCAGGUCAGUUGAGUGUGUUGCCGGCGCUGCAGCUGGCGAAGCGCUUGCACAGCCCGCGCGUGCGGCAGGGCCGCGACCGCGCCACGCCCAAGCACCACGAGCCCGAGGACACCCUGCGCCUCACGCACGAGCAGGUCAGUUGA